AUGGGUCUAGGAUUCCAUUCCAUUCAUCAGGAGACAGAAACAGCCACAAUCUCCGCCCCCUUCGCUUUGUCACUACAUGUGUCCUUCGCGGCUUGCCGUCUCCGCCGGUGGAAGGAAACUAUGGCGGCGCCCGUGUUCGCUCUCUGGCGUGUUUUGCUGCCUCGGCCCUGGCCUCUGCGUACUUUCGCUACGGUUUUGUCUCCGGCCAGUGACCCGCAUAUUCCGAACACGCUUAAAAAAGAAAGCAAUAAAACAUCUAAAAAUGGAAAGCACAGAAAACAGGUUCCAAAUCCGAGGACAACAAAGAUGACAGUUGAUCAGGACUGGAUGAGUGUUUACCCUGCCGCAGCACCAUUUAAACCCUCAGCAGUGCCUCUUCCUAUUCGAAUGGGCUAUCCAGUGGAAAAAGGAGUACCCAUGGCCAAGGAAGGAAAUCUAGAACUUUUAAAGAUUCCCAAUUUCUUACAUUUGACUCCUGUAGCAAUUAAAAAGCACUGCGCAGCUCUUAAAGAUUUCUGCACUGACUGGCCAACUGCACUGGACAGUGAUGAGAAGUGUGAGAAGCAUUUUCCCAUAGAAAUUGAGACAGCUAAUUAUGUUUCAGCAGGACCAUCUCUUUAUAAUCCCAAAGCAAGAGUUGUAACACUAAAGGUUAGACUUUCCAAACUGAAUUUAGAUGACCAUGCAAAGAAGAAAUUUAUUAAACUCGUUGGAAAGCGGUACUGCAAGAACACUGAUUUACUUACCAUCACUACUGACAGGUGCCCUUUACAGAGACAGAAUUAUGACUAUGCCAUGUAUCUGUUAACAGUUUUAUACCAUGAAUCAUGGAAAACUGAAGACUGGGAGAAAAAGAAGACUGAAGCAGACAUGGAGGAAUAUGUAUGGGAGAAGAGCCGCUCAGAAAAAAAUAUCCUGAAUACUCUUCUACAAAUUAAAGCAUCAGAAAAAACAGCUGGAGUCACGCCGGAGGAGCUACUUAGUUCUGAAGAAGUUGGGAAUUACAAAAAAUCUGUUGUUGCACUUAAAAAUGAGGGCGAUACUGAAAAUAACCUUUCUCAGUAUAAAGAAGCAGUAAAGAAGCUAUUGAAUUUGAUGUGACUGCAAUGUUGGGGGGGAAAAACCUCUUGCUCAGUCAUAAUUUGUUGUCAGAUAUUGGAUGGUUGGAUCUCUGUGAUGUUGUAUACAAAAUUUUAAAUAAUAUAUUAACAACCACUCUUUA